AUGUUUCGCCAUUUGGCCCAUUCAUCUCAAAAGUACACCGUGACAUUUACACUCAUACGGAUUCAAGUGACAUCACAAAACUCAUCCAGUCGUGGGUUAAUGUGUAAAAUGACUCGUGGUAAAAAUUUUCAAAUCUUCGAUGUGCAUUUGGAAACUCCUCUUCAAAAUUCCUUUUACUUUAUUGGGAAAUUUUAUUUGACAAAAACAGGGGCGCAGGAAAAGAUGAUGGACUUGACUUUGUUUUCUAAAAGCAAUCCACAUAAUGCUGAGACGAUUCAAAUCAAUGUCUCUCAAUUUUUCCCAACUCAAACAAAUUCUUCACGAAAAAUUAUAUUCGACCGAGUCGCUUAUAAUAUCACUUUCCAAAUCUCUUUCGAACCGUUCGGCUUGAACAUCGACAGAAAGGCUGAUGUCCUUCCUUCACCUCCCACACAAUCACCACUCGGACCGUCACCCCGUGUCGACACACCAACAUUGGUCUUGCGGGGAAAACCCGAACCAAAACGGGAAAUGUCUUCUGUCGAUAAUGGAACACCACACCGUCUCAAAAACGAAAAACUACUUGAAUACUCUAGCCAACCACAACUGCCUCGAAAAACACAACUUUUAUAG